AUGUCUUCGGUUUUGAUCCUUAUAGGCGGCGGUCACGCUUCCGGCAAACGUACAAUGGCACACAUGCUCAGCGAUACAGUCAAAAGCACUUGGAUAGACGCGGGCAUGGAAAUAGCUAUCUGGGACAUGGAAAAGUACAACACUGAAAAGGACAACCAAGCUGCCGUUACUUCUUACUCUGCAAUUGCCAUAGAUUCUACGGGAAACUUGGUCAAAAAGCCCUCUAGGUACGACAUUGGACAGUUGAAGAAAGACUUGAAGGAAGACAUGUCCGGAAUUCCAUCUGGCUCGCAAAAGAUAUAUUUUGUUCAUGGUCUCUAUGCUCUCUACGAUAAAGAGCUCAGAGACAUGUCUCAGAUCAAGGUUUUCAUGUCCAGCGACCCUGAUACGAGGCUCAUACGAUGGAUUCGUAGAGAUGUGGUGGAGGGAAAAUCGUCUUUGGAGUCGGUGAUUUACAGCUACUUGAAAGGUGCUCGACAAGAAAUGCAAGAUUUCAUUUUUCCAACCAAGGAAAUGGCGGACGUAAUUAUGCCUCGUGGAGCAGAACACAACGCCGCCAGCCUCAUAGUAGAUGGUAUAGUGUCUCAUCUUACUCAGAAACCACUAGACAAGCUUUAUGCUGGCGGGGCCUCGCUCAGACCCACUUCCAGCAACGUUUUUGGAGGAGAAGUGUUGGACAACCAGAAGGCUACGUUUUAUGAUUUAACUUAG